UUGUCUUUAGGUCGGAUUUCUCCAGAUCGCCGACAGUCGGACGCUAAAAGCAGCAACGUGUCUAUCGUAGCCCUUCAACAGUUUGCUCAGUCUUCUUCUGCCUCAGUGCGAAGAUCUCGAAGUGGACGAUGCAUCCACCCACCUCUGGCCGAAUGGGCUGGUGAACGAGUCCGUUAUGAUGGAUACGGUAACGUUAUCGGAGUAGAAAAUGCGAGUACUGUCACAGUACAUUCAAAGAGUGCAGCUGGAACUAUGGCUCUUUCCAACUACUACGGCUUACCUCCUGCUGACCCUGUUAGACAGUCGGAGUCAUACACAGAAGCACCUAAACUAGCAGUUGAUAGUGGACCUAAGCGAGUAAAGAAGCAGAGGGGUUUGGUAACCUAUAGUGAAACUUCUGACGAAGGAGAUUACGAUCACUAUGAAAAGCAAGGAAGACGCUUAAAUGAUGAAUACGGUCGUUACGAAAACCGCAAGAGACAUUAUUCUGACGAAGAAGAUCAUAUUUACAACCCUGAAUGUCAAGUCAAAUUCCACACAAAUUCUAAACGGUAUGCGAGUCCUGAUGAGAGGAAGGAAGUUUGGAGAAAAAGAGUAGUAGAUGAAGCGGAGAGGCAGCGGCUUGAAGAAGAAUGGGCUCGGGAAAAUGAGGAACUGUCUACGUCCUACUACUCUGAUGGAGAUGCUGAUUGGCAUGAACCAGGUUUAAACUCAUUAUGUUCGAAAAAGGAAGAAGAAAGUGACUCGAAGAGUACGACAAAUCAGUUCUUCUUCUGA